GUGCAUGUCAUGUGGGGUGUUACAAUCAUAAAUCUUUUUUCUGCUUUUAUGGGGCAUUUUUUAGUAAGCUACUUCAAGAUCAAAAAUUAGGCUACCUGCAACCAUUAAGUGCUGCUUAUUUAUUUACCAAUUUCUGCAGACCCUUAGAUUCUUAGAAGUAUGCACUAUACUUGGUACAAUCAGCGUACCUAUAUUCCAUCCACUCAAUCGUCUUCUUAAAAACAAUGAAAUUCCUAUCGUGUUUGUUGUUUGGACGAUUUUCAUUUUGGACCAAUUACAUAGGUUAUAGGUCCCAAAACUAAGGGGACUUGCUCUGACAUGCAAUUUACUCUAUCAUCACCAGUCGUUAAUUGGAAGUUGUCGCAAGAAGUAACUGACUUGCGUAUGAUUUUUAGUGUCAUUAUUAUUGAAAAGUUGAGGCAUUCUUAUUAGUCAUUUCAGAAUAGGUGCAAUACGAGGAUAGAGUAAUUUUAGCAAAAUAUGAAGACACAUUUGCUCCUAUUGUUCGUGGGAGUUGCACACUUCUGUGGCACAGAGGGAAAGCGGAGACGCGUAUUUUUUCGGGAAGUAACACCCACAACAAGCGAUGCCAUAAUAAGGUCACAACGUGGCAUAAUUACAUCCGGUUACGGGAGCAAAGUAAUUGAGCAACAUGCAGCUGCCACACGUGCUUUGGAGGAGGCGACAACGUCCGAACAAGCGACCCAGUUUCUGGCAGAAAAUCUUCAAAAUUCCAUCAAACUACGUCAACAACUUGGAACACAACAGGUCACUUAUACGCCUGGACCCAUUCGAUUAGUGGACCAGUAUGGAAAUGAAGUAAUGCAUGGUCAACAACCAGCUCAAGAAAACAGGGAACUCAUCAGCAGCAGUCAUUCACAACCAGCAGGACCUCCACAAAUAGUUCGCGACCCUGUGACCCCUGGACCACAGAAUGCUUAUCUUCCACCAGCACAGACUCAGCCUCCGCAGCAACCUCAACAACUUUACUACCAGCCACAAUAUCAGUACUUUCACCAGCCUCCAGUACUUCAAUCACCACUUUUGCAGCAGUUCGUAACACCUGAAGGGCAUGUGUUUCAUCAGUUUGUAGAACAACAACCUCAGCAUCAAUCCCCACCACAACAAGUAUAUUAUCAUACUUAUCAACAACCACACCUUGUGACACAACCAGAACCAGUUCAAUAUUACCACCCUCCUCAGACUCCCCACAUAUCCAUCCUGGCACAACCACCAGUGGAAGUGGAUACAGUUGUACAACAACAACCAAUUCUUCCGGUCAAGGAGUUAUCAACCACCAAAGUUGUAAAACAAUCUAUCCUUUCUCCAGCCGUGUUUCAAAAAGAAAUUUUCGCCAUAAAAAAUCCACCAGUAAGUGUUCUCACGUACAGUGACUUGUGCACGGUGUAUCCUUAUCAGAGAAAGUUGUCCGCUUGUGUGUACAAAAAAGCUGCAAUUCCUGAGCUCCACCAUCCAGAUAUCCAAUUGGUUAUCGAGCAAAAGAGUGCCCCUCAAGUGCGAGAAGAAGGUGGUUAUGGAGAGGGUCAACUCAACCCGAGAACACAACCACUUUUAAGGUUAAACGUUCCCAAAAGUGAUUCCACCACGACUAGUUCUACCGUUGGUGGGGAUGCAGGUUCCAUCCAGGAUAUUUUAGGAAGAGGGAAGAAAAAUAGUCUUAGCCCUGUUCCCCCAGUCUCAUCUGAGGAACAAGAUGAUAACGACGAUGAUCCUCACGAUCCGGAAAUUGCAAUUUUGGAAGAAGAAAGUACAAACAUUGCAGAGUCUUCCAACAAAAAAGAGAAACUUGUAAUAAAAACUACUAAACAUUCCCCUCAAACCAGCACUACAACCAGCACGACCACCACUACAACAACUCCCCCAUCGUCCACGACAAGGAAACCGAAAAAGUCUAAACGGAGGUCAAGAAAUAAUAGCAGUAAAAGAAGGAGGGACAGGAAGAACAAGGAGCAGUCCAACAAUAACUCUUCCUCCAUUUCCUCAUCGACAGAUCGCAUGUUCAAACUAGCAUAAACAUUCGGGAUUGAUUCUAUCUGACUAAAAUUCUUAUAAAUCCGUAUUUCAGAAUGUAUUACUUGAGUCCUAUGCAUACAAAUAAAUAUGCUACAAUAUAUAACCAAUAA